AUGCGGCAACUUUUCGAUGGCGUUGCUUUUAUGCAUGAGAAGAAUAUCGUACAUAGAGAUCUGAAGCUGGAAAAUAUCUUGUGUGUUGACGAUGAAAGAAUUGUAAUCAGCGAUUUUGGUUUCGCGACACAGCUGCAGCCUGGUCAAAAGCUCCGAGAAUUACUUGGUACGCCUGGUUAUUUGGCUCCAGAAAUGCUGAAGUGUCAGAUGUAUGAGGAUGCUGAAGGAUACAGUGUUGAAGUUGACGACUGGGCUCUUGGUGUUAUUUUAUACACUCUGCUGGCUGGUUGCGCUCCUUUUUAUCAUCGUCGGCAGCUGAUCAUGUUGCGUAUGAUACAAGAAGCAAAAUAUGAAUUUCGAGCGGAGCAAUGGUCUCAGAUUACGCCCGAUGCCAAAGACUUGAUUAGUCGUUUGUUGAUAGUGGAUGUGAGGAAGCGUUUUGCUGCGGUACAAUGCUUGAAUCACCCGUGGAUGAGAGCCGUUGCUAUCACACCGAAAGUCAGUGUGAUACAGAGGGAAAAAGUUAUCGAAAAGCGGGACUACAAAAAGCUGUGGAAAUAUGGCAUCAUGAUGACGAGAUUCUUUGUUCGUUUGACAAAUAUCAAAGCACUGAAAUUGCUCGUUGAUCGUGCGGCACUCAGGAAACGCCCAUUCCGAGAUCGCGAUGUGAGCUCUCUUUUUGAUAAACAGGCUAUUUUUUCUGAUUUUUGGCCAGAGAUCUGUUGA